AUGUGUCUAUGUGACGAUCCAGACGUUGUGGGGUUCAUCCUUCUAUGCCUGCAGUCGGACGACGUAGCUAGGCUCUCCUCAACGAUUGACGUGCACGCGGCCGACUCUACACUGGUUGGGCAUAGUCCUCGAUGGCUAAGAUAUGCCUCCAAAGGGCGAAGUCUACUGUGCAUGUGUUCUGAGCUAAUGACUUGCGCACAUCCUUCAGCUGCAGCACCCUUUCGGUGCCUAACCGCCAUGCCACCAGAAGGAAGCACGAGGGCUAGGAUACUGCCAGGUUGCCCAAGCCUAGAUAGGAGAAGUCGAGAUGCAGAAUUGGCUGUACUUUAUUGUGCUGAAAACUGCAUCCGUUGGCUGGUCAAUGCACCCAACUGGUCAAAUCCCAAUAGGCCGGACCCGACCGGGUGUAUUCCGAUCCGUUUGGCUGAGGACCGAGAUGAUUUUGGGGCUUUGAAACACAUGGCUCCAUUGUCUACGGCUUCGUGUUAUUUCACAAGCUUUGAGGUGAAUCCUCAGUGGUGGAAUCCGUGCACCUUGCUUUUAUGGCCGCAUGCCAUCUGCAAUUGUGGCUUGGAGAGAAAUAUGAUAACGCGCAUCUACGAACGGGGCGUCCCACCAUUUUACAAAGAAGACAUCCCACCAAAUGACUGCCGUGUAAUGCUUCGUCUUUGCGGUCAAUCCAUAGCCCUCUUGUUCGAAUUGUUCAUGGCUGUACCUGAACACUGUGCAUUCGACAUCUGGACAGGAAAAGAUGGUGUUCCUAUAAGGAAACGACGUUUCUGGCCCAUCCCACCUGUUAACUGGGAACUUACUCAUCAAAGCGAUUGUGACGAAUACCCGUAUUGUCUGCAUCAUAUGUUGAACGAGUUGAUGGGAACGCGGGACGAAGAGAGUUUGUUGGCGGAAUUGAGUGCAACCUGGAGAUGGCACCGAUUUAGUAUGGUACGUCUGAAGGAUGAGGAGGAAACCGGAAAUCACCCGGAGAGAAUAUGGGGUCCACCCACGUUAAAAGAACUGUGUCGUGUUGGUAUAAGAAGACAACUGGCACGUUCCUCGAGUGAGUGUGUUUUCAUUCGUUGUUAA